ACUGGAGCUAGCAAAGGCUACGGAUUUAUAGAGUUUGAGUCCGAUGACGUGGCCAAGAUCGUUGCAGACACGAUGAACAACUACCUGUUCUCUGAAAGACUGCUGAAGUGUCAGUUCAUGCCUCCAGAAAGGGUCCAUGAAAACCUUUUCAGCAGCUGUAACAGGGUGUUUCUGAAGCCCUCUCAGCCGGCGGUCCGGCGGUACAACAAGAUCCGCUCGCUCCUCCAGAAGGCGAAGAUGACGAAGCGACUCCUGCGAAAGGAGAGGCUGCUACGGAAGAGGUUGGCUGAGAAGGGGCUCGAUUAUGACUUCCCAGGAUUUGCUGCACAGGAGCUGUCCCUAAAGAGAAAAAUAGUGAAAAAAUCCAAGAAGACAAAACUCAAUGUUUCUUUGAGCAGCCAG